AUUGGUCCGGAAGCCCGCCAGUUACUGCCAGGCUCAAUUAGUUUUGCUGUGAGACUGCGUGAGGAGGUAGGAAGAGAAGCGCGCGCGGAGUUUUGCCGCGCCCUUCGUGCCGGGUAAAUAUCAAGGCUUACUGGUACAAGAAGGAAAUUCGAGCAAGUGGGAAAAGUAAAAUUGGAACUGAUGGACGUUGUAUGGGCCAGAGGCAGGGAUGGUUGGCUAUGACCCCAAAGCUGAUGGCAGGAAUAUCUCCAGUUUUGAGGUGGCAGUGGCCGGGUCUGUGUCUGGACUUGUCACUCGGGUGAUGAUCAGCCCCUUGGAUGUCAUCAAGAUCCGUUUCCAGCUCCAGAUUGAGCGCCUGUCUCGCAGUGACCCCGGUGCAAAAUACCAUGGGAUCCUACAGGCUGGGAGACAGAUUUUGCAGGAGGAAGGCCCCACAGCAUUCUGGAAAGGACACGUCCCAGCGCAGCUUCUCUCUAUAGGCUACGGAGCUGUCCAAUUUCUGUCGUUCGAGCUGCUGACCGAGCUGGUGCACAGAGCCACCACAUACGAUGCCCGCGACUUCUCCGUGCACUUUGUGUGUGGCGGCCUGUCUGCCAGCGCCGCCACCCUGGCCGUGCAGCCCGUGGACGUGCUGCGCACUCGCUUUGCCGCUCAGGGUGAGCCGAAGGUGUAUAAGACCCUGCGAGACGCCGUGGUGACCAUGUACCGGACCGAGGGCCCCUUGGUUUUCUACAAAGGCUUGAACCCCACCUUGAUUGCCAUCUUCCCCUACGCCGGGUUCCAGUUCUCCUUUUACAGCGCCUUGAAGCACGUGCACGAGUGGGUCUUGCCCACCGAGGGAAGGAAGAAUGAGAACCUCAAAAACCUGCUGUGUGGCAGCGGAGCUGGCGUCCUCAGCAAGACCCUCACGUACCCCCUGGACCUCUUCAAGAAACGGCUGCAGGUCGGAGGCUUUGAGCAGGCGCGAGCCACCUUCGGCCAGGUUCGCAGCUAUAGGGGCCUCCUGGAUUGUGCCCAGCAGGUGCUACGAGAGGAAGGCCCUAUGGGCCUCUUCAAGGGCCUGUCCCCCAGCCUGCUGAAGGCUGCUCUCUCCACCGGCUUCGUGUUCUUCUGGUAUGAGCUCUUCUGUAACCUCUUCCACCACAUGAAGAAGGUGGACAGCUAGCCCCGAGGGGAGGAAGGGCGGCCCCCCGAAGGAAGGCGGACGCCUCUACCAUCUCUUGUUGCACUGAGAGCUGCUGCCCGCGCCUGCCUGCCAGCCAGCUCGGCCGUCACUCGAAGGGCAAGCGCUUUCACGGGGAGAAGGCAGGGCUUGGCCUGUGGGGAUGCAGCCAAGCGGUCAGAAGGUGGUUUUCCUUCUGUGGUCCAGCCUGCAGGAAAGGCAGCAGUGGCCACCCUGCACUUCCAGCACCUUCUGCCCAGAGACCUCUCCACGCUCUGGGGGUGGGAGGCCAUGGCUAGAGCCUGAGGGCUGGGAUUGGGCCCUUUGUGGGGGCCUGGUCCU